GAGAGAGAGAGAGAGGAGAGAGAGAGAGAGAGAGAGAGAGAGAGAGAGAGAGAGAGAGAGAGAGAGAGAGAGAGAGAGAGAGAGAGAGAGAGAGAGAGAGAGAGAGAGAGAGAGAGAGAGAGAGAGAGAGAGAGAGAGAGAGAGAGAGAGAGAGAGAGAGAGAGAGAGAGAGAGAGAGAGAGAGAGAGAGAGAGAGAGAGAGAGAGAGAGAGAGAGAGAGAGAGAGAGAGAGAAGAGAGAGAGAGAGAGAGAGAGAGAGAGAGAGAGAGAGAGAGAGAGAGAGAGAGAGAGAGAGAGAGAGAGAGAGAGAGAGAGAGAGAGAGAGAGAGAGAGAGAGAGAGAGAGAGAGAGAGAGAGAGAGAGAGAGAGAGAGAGAGAGAGAGAGAGAGAGAGAGAGAGAGAGAGAGAGAGAGAGAGAGAGAGAGAGAGAGAGAGAGAGAGAGAGAGAGAGAGAGAGAGAGAGAGAGAGAGAGAGAGAGAGAGAGAGAGAGAGAGAGAGAGAGAGAGAGAGAGAGAGAGAGAGAGAGAGAGAGAGAGAGAGAGAGAGAGAGAGAGAGAGAGAGAGAGAGAGAGAGAGAGAGAGAGAGAGAGAGAGAGAGAGAGAGAGAGAGAGAGAGAGAGAGAGAGAGAGAGAGAGAGAGAGAGAGAGAGAGAGAGAGAGAGAGAGAGAGAGAGAGAGAGAGAGAGAGAAGAGAGAGAGAGAGAGAGAGAGAGAGAGAGAGAGAGAAGAGAGAGAGAGAGAGAGAGAGAGAGAGAGAGAAGAGAGAGAGAGAGAGAGAGAGAGAGAGAGAGAGAGAGAGAGAGAGAGAGAGAGAGAGAGAGAGAGAGAGAGAGAGAGAGAGAGAGAGAGAGAGAAGAGAGAGAGAGAGAGAGAGAGAGAGAGAGAGAGAGAGAGAGAGAGAGAGAAGAGAGAGAGAGAGAGAGAGAGAGAGAGAGAUUUUGGUGUUCUUCGAUCUGCCUAGUCAUUUUCAAAAAUUGUAA